GCGGUGGAAAUUCCUCAGGGAGGAAGUUUUGGAACGCACCCCAGGAGUCUAGUAUCAUUCUAUCCUUAUUAUCACUUGUUAUUUACCGAACGUAAAUAAGGAUGAUGUUCUGAGAACAUCCGAAUGGGAAUCCGAAUACUCCUUUAUAAAAGAAGAGAAAGUACUAAUUCUAACCUAAAAAAAAGUUAUCAGUUUUAUAUACAUCAAACCCGAUAAUAUGGCCAAAGAACGUGGCGUCUUGAAAAUAAUUUGGAACAGUAUUGUAUCCUCGCUGAAACCUCGCUUCGCCCGUCGUAAAUUGAUUGGCGAGGAUUACUUUGGCACGAAGUAUUACCAGGAAGAUAUUCUUUCUUCCUCCCGGAAAAGGCCACCGCGGUAUUUCGUUCCAGUGAACAAGGAAAACUUCGAGCAAGAGUUACCCGCGGAAUGGGAGGCCUGGUUGAGAUACCGUAGAAAAGAACCACCCACGCGAGAGGAAAUAGAAGCUAAUUACCAAUUGGCAAUAACUAAGAAGGAGAAUGCAGCGAAGCUUUUGAAUGAGAAUCGCUCAAAAAAUGAUAACACUAAUCUUCCAACAUCAUCUACUACUCAGACUACUCCGGGAAAUUUUCCAGUCUAUGAAGAUAUGAAAGGUUUUGGUAGUGAUUAUAAACCAAAGGACUCCUACAAAGAAUAAU